UUUCUAUAUGGUCACACUGUCUCCUAAUUUUUUCGCCGUCGCCGUCGUUUGUUUUUGGGAAUGUCAAUUGUUGUGAAAAUAUCUGCAAAUUGUUAAAAACGCCCAUUCGGAAAGCGCACAAUUUUCGCGAAGACGGCGCGAGAGCAGCACAAUGAAUGAAUAAAAUCCCCUAACUGAUUGUCAAAUAAAACCCGCCCCCAAAAUUGUGCCAAAAAAAGAAAAAAGAAUACUGGAGAUCGGCGAGAUAUUGCAAGUCGGAUAACACCAAAAACAACAAUAAGAAGUAACAACAACGUGGGAUAAGGAUCUUCAAAAAGUUUCAUCUAGUUUCUGGUGUUGUUGUUGUCGUUUGAUUACCCUUUUCUUUUCGUUGGAAACGUUUGUGCAGCAGCAACUCUGAAUGUCUUUAUGCUUUAAUCAUGGUGUAUUUCGCCACCAACAACAACAACACCGACACUAUACGCUGCUAUAUUAGAAUCUUUCUGAUAACGAACCAUGACAGAAGGACAUGAAAGCGACUUUUUAGUAACAGUACGCGCACAGGUAAUGACCAGAGACGAGAGCACCGAGGGCUGGCUUCCGCUGGCCGGGGGUGGCCUGGCCAAUGUUUCGAUCCGGAAGCGUGCUAGGCUAUCCCCAUUGGCAUCGGGUCAUGACUACAUCAUCUACGGGCAAAGGAUAUCCGAUCAGAGCGUCAUUUUGAGCUCUGUGAUCAAUCGAGAUCUUAAGUAUUACAAAGUAAUGCCCACAUUUCAUCAUUGGCGCGCAGGGAAGCAGCGGAAUGGACUCACAUUUCAAACGGCCGCCGAUGCGCGGGCCUUUGACAAGGGCGUCCUGCGCGCCUACAACGAGCUGAUCGAUGGAAUGGCCAAAUCGAAUCCGACGAUAAUAUGCCCGCCUCUGACCAAAUAUGAUUCGGUUGGUGAAGAUGAUGUAUUCAUGACCCUGGACUUACCUGUGGAAAGCGAGAGUUUACAAAAGAUCCAUUCAAGCCCCGAGGGCAGCGAGAAAAGUCACAAAAGCGUAAGCAACAACUCCGAAUCGGAGAAGCUGCCCCCGCCGCCCAUUCACUACAUAUCCACGGACAAAACAUCGGCCACCACAUCGCCGCCAGACGCACCGCCCGCAUCUGCAGCUCCAUCUCCGGCGACUGCCGGUCAGAUUGCGGCCAGUGAGAACUACUCGUACGUGACACUGACGGCGGUGCACCACGACUACAACUAUCCGGUGGUGGAUCAGCCUGUGGGGGCGCAGGUGCUCAACGCUCGGCGGGAGUCGAUUAGUGCGCUAAAGAAACGCAAUGCGCUGGAGGCGGCGCAGGCAAUGGCAGCAGCACAAACGGUGGGCAGUGGUGGAUUAGCCGGAAGAGACGGGGGAUCGGGAAAACCAUUGCACAAGCCAAACGUAUCCGAUAUUCUGAAGAAGGAGACACGUCUGCGAUGCCGCUACUGCCAUGAGCUGUACAGCGAGGACUUCAACCGACGGGGCGCCUGCGAAUAUGCCCCGGAUCCCUUUCGCAGCGGCUACGAGUGCAUCUCUGGGAUGGGCUGUGCCCGUUGCAUGAUUUACCAUUGCAUGAGCGACGCCGAGGGCGAGACGGCCCAGCAUCCGUGCGACUGCAGCGCCAGCGAGGCCGGCUGCAGCAAGCGCUGGCUGGGCCUGGCGAUCCUCUCGCUGUUCGUGCCCUGCCUGUUGUGCUAUCCGCCGCUCCGCGCCUGCCAUUUGGCUGGCAUCCACUGCGGUCUGUGUGGCGGGCAGCACAAGCCGCAUGUCUGACAUUUGGAGGCCCGCUUGCAAGGACAGCACGACGAUGACCCCAGGCCCAGAAGCGAAUUCCACUACCACCAAACCGAGCAGAGCAUAAUGAGCAGCACCAAGCGUCCGUGGGGCUCCAAGCAGAAGCAAUCGCAACAAUCGCAGUCCCAAUCGCAGCGCCACUUUUACAACUGGGAGCUGUCGCACAGCUUGGGUGCCCCGCAGCAGCAGAUUCCUCCGUACUUAAUGGAAACAACUGGUAGGAAGGCUCCUCAAAACGAUUACGGACGCUUGCUGUUUUAAGCUUUAACCAUGGUGACAGCUUAAGGAAACAUUUUGGCGAACUUAUUUUCCUAGGAGCACUGAUUUUUUCACCAGAAACAGAGAUAUCUUUAAGAUAUCUGAAAGAAGACAAAGAAAAGAUUUUCCGAUGAAUGACAAGAGAACAAUGCUUUCCAUACUGUUGAUAUGAUAAAUAAUAGUCUUGUAAAAAUCUGGUGAAAAUAAGAAAAUGUAAAAAGAAAUUCAGCUGGAAAAUGAGUUCGCGAAAAUGGGACCUUAGUUCGCUUUUAGUAUCAUUUCGGUAUACUCCAUUUGAAUUGCCAUAAUUUAUUGUAUAUACAAAGAGCAGAAAGGAUUAUGUAUCUAUUUUUAAUAUACUUUUAAAAUUGUAACUUAUGUUUAGUGCUCUCGCUUAAUUAUAGUUUUGUAAAAACGGGCUAUUUGUUUUUAUUCGUAACUGAAAACACUUUUUUAAAGAUCAAAAUAUUAUACAAUGA